CAAACGGAGGCAAGAAAACUUACUGACUGUGCACAGUGUACGAACACAUGGGCACAACCCUCCAUCUGGAGUGGCCAUCCACUCUUCUCGGCUGCGUCGCCAUCAUCAUCACCGCGCCGAUUUACAUCUUCUACUGGAAGGGUCCCACGAUCCGCGAGCGGUCCAAGUUCGCGCAGACGCUGGCCAGCGAUCGUCGGAAGAAGGGCGAGUUGGAGGUUCGCUGUGGUUCGAGUCAGCCGGGGCCGGAGGUGGCGUAUAACGUGUGACGGCAGAGUGAGUUGCAAGUAA